AUGGAGUACUUGAAAAGCAACAGCAUCGUCAGCAGCAGCAGCAGCAGCAACAGCAGCAACAGCAGCAGCAGCUACGGCAACAGCACAGAUCUCGACUGUCUCAUAGCAUCAACACUGCACGACCUAGAGACGUUUUCCUUCCCCCCUUGCCAGCAGCAGCAGCAGCAUCAAAGACAUGAUGAUUCUCCACAUCUGCUGCAGCAGGAUCCGCUGCUGCAGCAGGUGAUGCUGGUGCAGCAGCAACAACUGCUCCAGCAGCAAGAAGGCGCACUGCAGCGGCACGAGAAGCCGCAGCAGCCAGGGCCAGCUGUUAAGGCAGCAAAAGAUUCAGCAGGUGUUUCAGCAGCAGCAGCAGUAGCAGCAACAGCAGCUGCUACUACAGCGCCGUCAGCAGAUGGAAGGCUGGAGCCGCGAGCAGCUGCAGCAAUGGAUGCAGCAACAACUCCCGAAAAGGGUGCAGCAGCGGCUGCAGCAGCAGCAGCAGCAGCAGAGAAGCAGUGUGACUCUCUCAGCUUCUGUGUAAAGGAGCUGGAGCAGGAGCUGCUGCGGCAGUCUCCCCCUGUGCCGUCGGCUGCUGCUGCUGCUGCGAGCACCACCCCAGCAGCAGCAGCAGCAGCAGCAACAGCAGCAAAGCCACAGGAUGGCACAGGCGGGCCCGUGGAUCUGCUGCAGACCCUUGCCGCUGUGCUGCGGGCAAUCGAGAAGGGGCCUCCCCUUGCAGCAGACGCUCCUGCUGCUGCUGCUGCUGCUGAUGAUAGCGCUUCAGGUGCUGCUGCAAAGGCAGCAGAAGCAGCAGCAGCAGCAGCAACAACAACAGCAGCAACAUGCCCCAAUGCUUUUGCUGCAGCUCUGGAAGCGCUGAAAGGUGAUGAUCUUUCCAUAAGCACAAUAGCUGACCCAGUAAAGGAGCUGCUGCAGGUGUACGAGCCUUGGCUGCAGCAGCAGCAGCAGAUGCAGCGGAAGCAGCAAGAGCAGCAGCAGCAGCAGGAGCAGCAGCAGGAGCAGCAGCAGGAGAAGCAGCGUGCUGCAGGCCUAUCGCCCGAGGAGCUGAAGACCUAUGAGAAGCAAGUGACUGUCUACAGGCGCAUUGUCUUCUUGUGCGACCAGCAGCAGCAGCAGCAGCAGCAGCAGCAGCAGAGCGAGUCGUCUGCAGCAGCAACAGCAGCCUCAUGGGGACAACUCCUGGAGAUUCAGCAGCUGCUGGAGGAGGCUUGCAACCUAGGGGACAUCCCGCCAGAAGUGCAGCAGCAGCUCAGUGCAGCAGAAGCCAGAGCAGCAGUUGCUGCUGCUACUCCUGCUGCUGCUGCUGCUGCACCUGCUGCUGCCUCGGCGGGCGCACUCACACAGGAGCGGCCGAAGCCGCUGCAGCAGCCGCAGCAGCAGCAGCAAGCUGCGACGGCGAGCUCGACGCCAGUAGGCGGCGUGAACACGAGCAGCAGCAGCAGCAAAGAAAGCAGCAGCAGCAGCAAGGAGGGCAGCAGCAGCAGCGCGCUGGGAGAAGAGCUGUCGGACUUCUUCGGAUUUGUGGGGGCGCUGCAAUCUGCUGCUGCAGCAGAAGGCAUUGACCUGCUGGACCCCGGGCUGCUGCAGCAAGUGCUGAAGGGGGAGGAAGGUGACCCGCGCAUAACUAGGUUGCUGGACAGCGUGGAGCAGCAGCAGCAGCAGCAGCAGCAGCAGCAGCAAAGGCAGCAGCAGCAAAGGCAGCAGCAGCAGCAGAGGCAGCACCACCAAAAAGAACCAAUGCCUGUCAAAGAAGCAGAACAAAGGUGUCGGCAGCAGUAG